AUGUUGAGUAUUGGAGAGUGUGAGUCUAGAAAUGGAGCCAAUCAAAUAGGUAAUUUGCAACGUGCUGGAGCAACACGUUGGAGUUCUCAUUAUGAUUAUGUAAAAAACAUGAUAGGCGUGUACUCUGCAACUUGCAAGGUGCUUGAAUAUCUUAAAGUUCAUUGUUCAAAAGCAAGUUCUCGAGCUGAAGUCCGUGGCGCUUAUAGACACUUUGCAUGUUUUGAAUUUGUGUUCAAUUUGCUUUUAAUGCACAAAAUUAUGAGAAUAACUGAUGUUCUUUGUCAAGCCCUUCAAAAAAAAUCACUAGACAUUUUGGCUGCUAUGAGAUUUGUUUCUACUGCGAAACUUAUCAUUCAAGAAUUGAGAGAAGAAGGUUGGGAAGUGUUUCUUCAAGAAAUAAAAGAUUUUUGUUCAAGACACAACAUUCACAUACUGGAUCUAGAUUCUUCAUAUAUGAUUGGUCGUUGUAGUGAUGAGACUAUAGUUGAGCACCAUUAUCAUUUUGAUGUUUUCAAUGAAGUAAUUGAUUUUGUAUUGAUGGAGUUAAAUACACGAUUUAAUGAUAAAUCAAUAGAACUCCUUUCUCUCAGUGUGGCUUUGGAUCCCAGAAAUUCAUUUGAAUCAUUCAAUAGUGAUGAUAUUUGUACACUUGCAAAGAAGUUCUAUCCUGAAGAUUUUAGCAGUCAAGAUAUUUGUGCUUUAGAAUAUGAGUUGAAGUAUUAUGUUCAUGAUGUGAUUGCUGACCAAAGGUUUCAAGUAUCUACACUUGUUGAAUUGUGCCAACAGUGGAAGCUUCUGGCAAGGGAUCGGUCAGAGACAACAGUUUCACUUACUAUUGAAGCUUUAGCUCGGCUUCAAGAUCUCGUUUAUGACUGUGUAUCUAACAUUCUUGCUCCUCAACAACAAAUUAGUGAUUUGCAAGCUUAUUGA